AUGCCAAAAGCACUGCACUUCAAAGGCGACAAGAAAGUAAAGAAGCGCAAGAAGGCUGCCGGGCCAUACGAUGCAGAGGACGCGCCGUCGAAACAACUGAGCACCACAGCACCCGCAACCGACACUGGCGGGGACGAUGAUUCCUGGGUGAGCGCGGAUGCGCCGAGCGACAUUUCGGGGCCUAUCGUGAUUGUUCUUCCUACAGACACACCGGCCUGCUUAGCUUGUGAUGCCAAUGGCAAGGUCUUUGCGAGCACGUUGGAGAACAUUGCAGAGGGCGAUCUAGCAACAGCUGAGCCGCAUGAUGUGCGCCAGGUCUUCGUUGCCAAUCGUGUCGCUGGUACAGAGAGCUUGAGCUUGAAGGGGCACCAUGGAAGAUAUCUCAGCUGCAACAAGUACGGCAUCCUGAGCGCAAAUGCAACCGCCAUCUCCCCAGAAGAAUCCUUCCUCGUUAUUCCUGUUCCCGAUAACUCCUCCGCCUUCUCCCUCCAAACCGCACGCGACCAGUUCCUCAGCAUCGACGAGUCCGCAACAAGUGGACCUGAGAUCCGUGGCGACGCAGAGAGCAUAACCUUCAAUACGGCGUUUCGUAUACGCAUGCAAGCACGCUUCAAGCCGCGCCUCAAAGCCAACAAGGAAGAAAGGGCAAAGGAGAAGAUUAGUCGCAAGGAGCUAGAGGAACUCAUAGGGAGGAGGCUGGAAGAUGACGAGGUCAGAAAGCUGAAGAAGGCGCGGCGUGAGGGCAAUUUCCAUGAGACUGCGCUGGACAUGAAGGUCAAAUCAAGUCACGACAAGUACGCCAGCAUGUGA